CUACUCUAGACUCUACUACUAUCUACCUACUCUACUCUACCUACUCUACCUACUCUACCUACUCUACCUACUCUACCUACUCUACCUACUCUACCUACUCUACCACCUACAUACUCUACCACCUACAUACUCUACUUCAACAUGCCUCACAAACUCAACGACUCAAAUUCCACCCUAUCCAGCCAGAGCAGCGGCCGUGUCGUCGUCCAGGAUAUACGAUCACCCCCUCGCAAGACCCAAAAGCCCGUCGUGGUCCACAACCAGGGCGGCCGCACGUUCGACGAAACAAGACCGAGCGACUGGGACAAACAACGGUGGAAGUAGCUUCAUCACUUACCGGACACUUAUCGUACAAGAUAAGUGUUCAGUAAAUGAUGGGGGCUGGCCGGCUGGGUCGGCUAGUCAAGAGUCAAGAGUCAGCUGGUGUAUGAGCUGAUUAUUGAGGGAGGUAGCUUGCUGGCAAGCUAGAGUACGGAGUACUACGACAGUCCUACAGAGUACGGAGUACCAGGUACGACUAACAGUUACAAUCUCACUGUCCCUUUCUGGAAAGGUAAAGUGAGGCGGACGGAUCGACGCUCACCGCCCGGAUUGUCCAUGUCCGCCCCCCCCCCUGGAGGGAUCCGACGGGUUACCUUUACGGAGGAGGUACGGAGUACGGAGCUCCUUAGCUUUAGGUCCCUCCGUACCCUAGCUUUAGGUGCUCCAUACCCACCGCCCACCUA